CUCUGCAAAGAAUUGCCCACAGUGCUCCCCCGUUUCAAUACAUCUCUCCAGUCUCAGAGCAUCCCAGGUCAGCAGUCGCAUCCUGCAAUAUUUAUGAGUGCAAGUGUGAAAGAUCUACAAAAAGAUAGUGCAAAACUAUAAAUAAAUUUAAAAAAAAGGAACAAAAUGCAUUCAUCUAUGUCCGCUAGAAUCCUGGAAGACUCGCCCAAUGCGCGCAUCAAUAAGACCAUCCUCGACCGCUACCUGUCGCUGCCGCUGGAGGAUAACGUGGUCCAGGCCACCUACGUGUGGAUCGAUGGCACCGGCGAGGAUCUGCGCUGCAAGGAUCGCACCCUCGACUUUAUCCCAAAGAGUCCCAGGGAAUUGCCCGUGUGGAAUUACGAUGGCAGCUCGUGCUACCAGGCCGAGGGCUCCAACUCGGACACCUACCUGUAUCCGGUGGCCAUCUACAAGGAUCCCUUCCGUCGCGGCAACAACAUUCUGGUGAUGUGCGACACCUACAAGUUCGAUGGAACCCCCACCGAAACCAACAAGAGGAAGACCUGCCUGGAGGUGGCCAACAAGUGCACCGACGAGGUGCCAUGGUUCGGCAUUGAGCAGGAGUACACCUUCCUGGACUUCGAUGGCCAUCCAUUGGGAUGGCCCAAGAACGGUUUCCCCGGCCCCCAGGGCCCCUACUACUGCGGCGUGGGCGCCAACAAGGUGUAUGCCCGUGACAUUGUGGAUGCUCACUACCGCGCCUGUCUGUAUGCUGGCAUCAAGGUGUCCGGCACCAAUGCCGAGGUGAUGCCCGCCCAGUGGGAGUUCCAGGUGGGACCCUGUGUGGGCAUCUCCAUUGGCGAUGACUUGUGGAUGGCUCGCUUCCUGUUGCACCGCAUCUCCGAGGAGUUUGGCAUCGUGUCCACUUUGGACCCCAAGCCCAUGCCUGGCGACUGGAACGGUGCCGGCGCUCACACCAAUGUCUCCACCAAGGCCAUGAGGGAGGACGGCGGCAUUCGGGACAUUGAGAAGGCCGUGGCCAAGCUGUCCAAGUGCCAUGAGCGUCACAUUCGCGCCUAUGACCCCAAGCAGGGACAGGACAAUGCCCGUCGCCUGACCGGCAAGCACGAGACGAGCUCGAUCAAUGACUUCAGCGCUGGAGUGGCCAACCGCGGCUGCAGCAUACGCAUUCCCCGUGGCGUCAACGAUGAUGGCAAGGGCUAUUUCGAGGAUCGUCGCCCCAGCUCCAACUGCGAUCCCUACUCCGUGGUGGAGGCCAUCUUGCGGACCAUCUGCCUGGACGAGUAGAGGGGGACGAGGCACCAUUCUACAUCUCUAUUCAGCAUUAAUUGUUGCCCUGUUAUUGAUUUCUAAUUUGUUGUUAACCCAUCGAUACACGAUCCACUGAUCCGUUGACCCGCACCCGUACCCGUACCCGAACCCGACACCUGACACCCGGCAAUCCGAACCGAAAACACCGGACGCGGAAGCGGACCCCGUCUCGGCGGGAGCUACAUAACAUAUAUGUAUACCGUUAGACAUUAGUCGUAGGCGCAAUUCAAUUUACCUAACGUAUCUUUCCCACUGAAGUUCCUGAAGCUGAAGGCAGGAUCUAGAAACAGAAUUACGAUAAAAUACUUCUCGCUAAGAAUUUCCAAUCCUUUUUUUGUUUGUUUGUUUUUUCUAGCUUCUGUUGUUAGGUUUUAGUGUGAGGUUGUGUUUUUUUUUUUUUUUGUUGAAGAAGGAUCAGCAGUAUAUAUGGUUAACAAGUAGAGCAAGAAUCCAAAAAGAUAGCCCACCCUUGAGUGGGAGAACAUAAAGCUGUAGCAUCAAACACUCCCCCAGACCCCAUCCCUAUAAUUGUUAAUGAUAUUAAUUAAUUACGCGUAAUCCUAAACUACAUACAAUAUACUCUCUAGUUAAGUAAAUGCACUAAAAAAUAAA